UAUUUUGUUGUUGCCUCAGUUGCGUUCCGUCUCGUGUGCCGUUCUUUCGUAACGUUAGAUUCAUUUGAGUAACUUUUUUUUUGAAUACCUUACGAUAUGGUGUUGAUAAAAGAAUAUCGUGUAUGCAUGCCGCUCACUGUCGAGGAGUACAAAAUCGGUCAGCUAUAUAUGAUUGCGCGCCACAGUCUGGAGCAAUCGGACGAGGGCGAAGGUGUCGAGGUGAUGGACAACAAGCCCUGUGAGGAUCCCGUUCAUGGCGUCGGACAGUACACAGAAAAACGCAUACACCUGUCCAAUCGGCUUCCCUACUGGAUUCAGGCCAUAUGUCCGCGCGUCUUCUAUGUGACUGAGAAGUCAUGGAACUACUAUCCUUAUACGCUAACAGAAUACACGUGUUCCUUCAUACCCAAACUAAAUGUCCUAAUCAAGACAAAAUAUGAGAAUAACAAUGGCAGCACAGAGAACUGCCUGGAUCUAUGCGAUGAUGAGUUGAAGGUUCGUGUGGUGGAUCACGUGGACAUUGCAUUCGAUGAUCUAACGGGCAAGCACUACAAACGCGAAGAGGAUCCAAAGUUCUUCAAGUCAGAUAAGACAAAUCGUGGUCCUUUGGUAGAGGGUUGGCGUGAAAUAGAUUCUCCUAUUAUGUGCUCCUAUAAAGUGGUCCAUGCCAGCUUCGAGGUCUGGGGCCUGCAAACCAAAGUGGAGGAGUUCAUACAGCGUGCUAUUCGGGAUAUUUUGCUGCUGGGUCAUCGUCAGGCGUUUGCUUGGCUGGACGAGUGGUACGGCAUGACGCUGGAGGACGUGCGCAUCUAUGAGCGACAAAAGCAAGCAGAGACCAAUGAAAAGGUUCAAUACAAUGUGAAUCCACCGGCAGUGAAUGACGUUGACGUAACGCCUGCAGAGAGAGUCGAAUCUUAGAUUAGAUGUUGUAGAAAUUACAACUAUAUUGAAUUAUUUGUGAAGGGUGUACCAAAUUUGUCAGUUGUAACUAUUAGCUCAAUAAGACAUCGUUAUGCGAGCUUACAAAUUUCUCAAGUCAUAGUCAUAAGGAUGUAAAACCUACAUUUAAACAACGCAUUUCAAAUGGUCCAAAUAAGCACAAGAACUAACACAAUUAUGAAACCAAAAACUGAAAACUACCAGAGAGUAAGCAGCUAUAGUGCACAAUAUAUAUAUAUGUCUAUAUAAUAUGCAUUAGGAUAAAUGAAUGUAGGCUACAAUAUUUGGAUGUUUGCUCAAGUGGUUUCUGUUACCUAUAUUCCUUAGUUGUUUUUGAUGCCGAUUGAAAAGCUUUAGAAUUACAAAUGCGCUGUUGACUACAAAAUGUACAAA